GUCACUUGUGGUGGUAGCACCGGUCGGUUGUGUGUACCAGCUGAUCUUUGAGCUGCUAUGUUCAAAGCGGACGAUACGGUGAUACAUAAUUUGCCGCAUGUUUGUAGUGAACCGAUCCGAUAAUUUCAACCGAUUUAAAUACCCGCUGGGAAAAUAACACGCCAUGAACACUUUGAUUCACACGAAACGGAUGAUAAUCGAGCACGGUGGAAUCAUUCGACGAUGUUCCCCGUUUAAAUUAUUGUAUAAUAAUAAUCAUACAAUGGGUAGUAUAGCUUUACUUUAUACUUUUAACUUUAAUCAAAAUCGAAAAAACUUGUUGCCGGAGCCUACGGUGUUGUCGGCGUAUGUUAACAAUAUGCCGUAUAUACAAAUCCGAACGUUUUAUAUGACGCCAAACUGGAAAGGACAGGAACCAUCGUCAAAAGUGGAAGAAACAGUAAAAAAUAUCAAAGAAGAGAAAGAACUCAAAGAGAAAAUGACAGACAGUGUUGUUAAACAUUGCGAGCCAAAAAAGGCUGUUGCUAAGGUUACAAUAUGGCAAAAAAUCAAGGGUGAAAUAUUGCAUUAUUAUCAUGGAUUUCGAUUAUUGGGACUUGAUAUGAAAGUUUCUGCUAAAUUAAUAUGGAGAAUUUUACAUGGAAAGGAACUCAGUAGGAGGGAGCAUCGUUUGCUUGUAAAAACAACUGGAAAUAUGUUCAGAUUGAUACCUUUCUCUGUGUUUAUUAUUGUUCCUUUUAUGGAAUUUUUACUGCCUGUGGCGAUCAAACUGUUUCCUGGUAUGCUACCAUCUACUUUUCAAACAGCAACUGAGAAAGAAGAUAAAUUGAAACAAGCCUUGAAGGUCAAGAUAGAAAUGGCAAAAUUUUUGCAAAAAACCUUAGACGAAAUGGCGGUACAGUCAUCGGAUCAUUACAGAUCUGAAAAAGCUAAAGAAUUCGCGGAGUUCUUUUACAAAGUACGGACAUCCGGUGCCGUUGCAACGAACGAAGAAAUUAUGAAAUUUAGCAAACUCUUUGAAGACGAAAUUACAUUAGAUUCUCUCUCGCGGCCUCAGCUAAUUGCUUUAUGCCGUGUAUUGGAUGUGCAAACACUUGGAACGACAAAUUUCUUACGAUUCUUACUCAGGAUGAGAUUGAGAAGUCUUACUGCGGACGACAAACUAAUCGAAAAGGAAGGAGUCGAUACCCUGACUAGGGCUGAAUUGCAACAAGCGUGCAGAGCUCGUGGUAUGCGCGCUUACGGGUUGCCAGAGAACAGGCUGAGAGAACAAUUAUCACAAUGGUUGGAUCUGAGUUUGAUUAAAAAAGUUCCGCCCUCUUUGCUGUUGCUGUCGCGAGCACUUAUGAUACCGGAAACAGUGCCUAUGUCAGACAAACUGAAGGCGACUAUUUCGGCCUUGCCCGAUACGGUUGUGGCUCUCACAAAGGGUGCUAUCGGGGAAAAAGAAGGUAAACUGGAUCAUAGAACGAACAUUGAAAUUAUAAAGAUGGAAGAGAAGAAGAUUGAAGAAGAAAGAAAAGAGAAGAAGGAAACCGAACCACAACCAACUAUUGUGGAAUCCAAUGCUGCGAAAGAUGAAAUUACCGCUACGGAUGUUAAAGUUUUGGAACAGGCUCUGGAUUCAAUCGGCAAAGACAACAAGAAAAUGGUUGUAGAAAAAGAAGAACUCAAAGAACUUAAAGAAGAAAUGGCAGAGUAUCAAGAGGAUAUUAAGGAACUAUAUCAAAUUAAAGCAGAGGCUAAAGGUCAAGCGGAUAUAGAAAAUAUUAGAGUAUCGAAAGGUGCUAAGAGACUGUUUAACAAAGUGAAUAAAAUGAUCUCAAAGAUGGAUGCUGUUUUAUUGGAGCUUGAGCAGUCCGAGAAGAAGGUCAAAGAGAGAAUAGAAUUGUUGGGUCCUGAUGAAAAACGGGAUGCCAAGGAUGUAGAAGAAUUAGUUAAAAUAGACGAAUUAGUCGCGGCAAUUAAGCAAAUUCAAAAUGUUCCAGACGAUCAUCGAUUAAAACGCAUAACAGAAAUUUUAGGAAAAAUUGACAAUGAUCAUGACGGAGCUAUAAAAAUAGAAGACGUCUUAAAGGUUGUAGAAUUAAUAGGUAAAGAAGAUGUGAAUUUAAGCGAAAAACAAGUGGACGAAUUGAUAGAGUUAAUAGACAAAGAAGAGAUAUUGAAAAUGGAAGAACAAUUACAAAAAUCAUUAGAAAAGGACAGCAAAAUAGGCAAGGAUGAGGAGAUUAAGGCCGGACAUAAAUCUACGGUUCCGGCUACACCUGUAACAACUGAGCCAGGAUUUGGAAAGGAAGAACUAACGGACGAUGCCAUAAGAGAAUCCUAUGUAGAUUCUUCCGUCGAGGAAGGUAAACAAAAAGCAGCCGCCGUUCUCAAGACCGACUCCAAGUCUGACGAAGUAAAAACUCCUCCUCUUUCACCGAACGUUCCACCAUCGGCAAAAAAAGCAGAAGGAACAAAAACACAUCUGUGAUUAGCGCACAAUGAAAUAUAAAUAUUAACGUAAAUUUAAUUUUUAUUAUCAGAGCAAUAUUUUUAUUGAAAUCUAAUACCGUGAGGUAUAGAUUUCUAUCUGUACUUUGCACAUAUUAUUGUCUUUAGAAAACAAUUUCUAAUAUUUACGUAUUUUUUCGACGAAUAGAAAGUAUAUAAACUUACAUAAAAUGAAAAAGAGAAGAAUUUUAUAUUCGUGUAUUGCAGGCACAAAAGAUUAUUUCACAAUUGGUCAAUACAUGACUUACAGAUAACAUAUUAUCGAUAUGUUGUGUUGUACAUAAAAUACGAAUGCGGAUAUAUAAAUAUCUUAUAUACGUCUACUGUACGAAAUAUUUGAGUAACAGCGAAUUAUCUUUAGUUUCAUGUUUUACACUUCACAUAUAGAAAAAAAACCGAAAUUUUCUUUUAAAGACUGUGAUGCAUUUAAUAGCAUCAUUGUUCCCUUUUAUUGGUAAAACAAUUAUAAAAAUUAAUACAUUGAUCAUUGAUUCUGAAACUUAUUGUCGAUGUUACACACAAAUCUUUUUUUUAAAAAGAAGCGAUUAUAAUAUUAUUCUCGUAAUAUUGACAAUAAAUUACAGAAAAAAGCAAAAAACCUGUUUGGUUUUCUUUUCGUUAAAAUAUAGUUAAACUUUGCAGUAAACCUAUAAAACAAUCAUUCCACCUUUCUGAGCGCUAUUGUUGUACAUUUAUAGUACGAGUGUAUAUUAAUUAUAGCUCACAUAGCGCAGCCAUAUAUUGAGCUAUAAAACAAAAAACUGUACAGUAAUUUAUAUAACUUACCAUUUGUGAAACACAGAGCAAAGUUGUUAUAAAAAAGAGUUAAUAUAUAUAUUGUGAAAAUAAAUCAAUAUAUAUAUAUAUACACACGAAUUUUUUUUGUUUCGUGCUACAUAGAGUUCUAAAUUUGCAAACAGGAUUUUGUUAGAAAAAUAUUUCUAUGUGAAAAUAUUGUGUAAAAUGUUAUAUCUCAUACACAUACACACAUAUACACGA